AUAAUGGCGGGUGUUGUAUUCGAUAUUGAUGCUUGGCAGUCAAUUUUGCUUUGUUUUCUGUUUGCUAUUCUUUAUGUGGGGAGUCUUUAUGUGUGGAGCGAAAGUAGCAAUAAAAGCAGAGACCACCCUGAGACGAUACGUAAACGUUUUAUCAGUGUCACAGUUGUAUCAAUUCUUGUUGUACCAAUUAUUUGGUACUUUGGAACACCAUCUAACACAGACAGGGGUCACACUGUGUUAGAAUGGCUUGGUAUAAGAUUUUCUGGGUUAAUAACGGCACUAGUAAUACCCUUGCUGCUAACAAUGGUGCUGUUUGCGGGACCUCUCACCUUACACUAUAUGGACGGAGUGUUCAGGUUAUAUUUAGAACCUAGGUACUGGAUCAACAGUCUCAAUAACAGUAUUUGGUUGAGGAAUCAUGUUGUUGCACCACUAUCAGAAGAGUUUAUAUUUCGAGCUUGUAUGUUGCCAUUAUUAGUUCCUCAGUUUGGGGAAGGCUGGUCUGUGUUCAUUUGUCCAUUGUUUUUCGGUGUAGCACACCUUCAUCAUAUGAUAGAAAAGAUAACCCAGAAUAAAGAGGAUGUGAAAGAAGCCUUCCAAACAUCAGCAUUUCAGAUGACCUACACGACAGUGUUUGGGGCAUAUUCUGCUUUUUUAUUUCUAAGAACAGGUCAUUUCAUGGCUCCUGUUCUAGCACAUGCAUUUUGCAAUCACAUGGGAUUCCCAGCAUUUAAUGAGGUACUGGCAUACCAGGACAAGGCACUGAGACAGAAGCUUAUUGCUGCCUUUGUGAUAGGACUGCUAGCUUGGAUUUAUCUUCUUUAUCCACUUACCUCCCCUUUUAUUUAUUCUAAUGAUAUUUAUGAUUUGUAAUUCUUUUAGAUAUUGAAGUGUGAACUUAAUUGUUACAGUACUUAUACUGGGUAGUUUUCAUGUGAUAACAAAUAGGGUAACUUCUAUUGCUGUGAACUUUUAAAACAGCAAAUGAAGCAUCUGUUAUGUUAUUUAUGAUUCAUCUGUAAGCUAGUCAUGUACUUCACCUUCAUAACAUACUAUUUAGUUUCCUAAAAUACAAUUUAACAUACUGUUUAGAUUUUUAGCGUAUCAGUUUAGGUUCAUAACAUAAUGUUUAGGUUCAUAACAUAAUGUUUAGGUAAUUUAAUAACAUACUGUUUAGGUUCAUAACAUAAUGUUUAGGUAAUUUAAUAACAUAAUGUUUAGGUUCAUAACAUAAUGUUUAGGUAAUUUAAUAACAUACUGUUUAGGUUCAUAACAUACUGUUUAGGUUCAUAACACAGUGUAAUGCAAAUAUCUGUUACCUUUAGAUCUUUUUCUUUGAGCACUGAACUAUGUUUUGAAUUGUUGUUUUUGCAAUGUACUAGUAUUAGAGAACAGAGGUCACUGAAAAUUACCCAGUAUGCAGUAUUGAGUGAACCACAUCACAUCAAAAGGUGCCUUAUAAUUCAGGUUUAUAUGAGAUUAAAUUCUCCAUUUUUUAAAAGUUUCUAAUGUACACGUUUUUUUUCAUCUGUUUUCCUGCCCAGAAAGCUCAGAGGACCAAACUACCAGUCCAGAUGACAAGUGAUCAUUGAUCAGGCAAAUGUUCUCUCUGACAAUUUGACAGAAAACAAUACAUUCAAUUAAAAACAUGUGUUUUUCCAACUUUCUUUUAAUAAUGGGUAUUUUUUUAUACUUUUAAAUCAAUUUAAUAAUUUCUGUAAAUCAGACAGUCCUCUUGUUAUGUUAGUAGAGAUGGUGUUAACUUAAGCAGAUAUGUUGUUUUAUAAUUUAAGGUACAUUUUGAUAUGGCGUGGUUCAGUUGUUACUGAUGAUUUUACUCUGCAAGUCAAGUACAUUUAUAACCUAUAAAUAUGGUCCUAUAUUUGUGACUUGUUAAAUUAAUAAAGCUGAUCAUUGAAAACAGCAUUUCUCUUUGAUAUGUGUUAAAAUGAUGCAUAUUUUAUUAUUCUAUUGUGAUUAUCAUAUUAAAUGAAAGAUAUUUAAUGCAGAGCAUUUUAUGUUCCGUCAUGAAUCACCUAUUUAGUAUUGAUCAUGAUUUAUUAUUUCAUGACUUUUAACAAAUUUGUUUUUAUGUUACAAAAUAUUUUUUGAAAGGAAAGUUUAAUAAUAGAAGAAGAUAGUGUGAAGUCAGUGAUAUAUUUGGGGGACUAAUUUGAUGUUAAUCAGUGAAAUUAGAAUUAUCAGCAACUAAAUAAUAUUCCCAUUCAUCUGAUCAUCAGGAUUUGAAAUCCACAAAUUUAUAUUCCCACAGAAUAGCCACUUUACCAUUUAAGUCCACAAAAUUAAAUGCUUUCACAGUACAUCUGAUAUGUGUGAAUUAUUUUGUCAAAAUGCAUUAGUAUAAUGUUCAUAUUCUCAUUACACAAAUUUAUUUAUGUCAAGCAUUCCUGAUGGGUGAUCAAAAUAGACCUGAAUUCGGGCAGUAUUCUAGAUUGUGACAUUUUUGCUAGUACAUGUAAUUGAAUUCUAGGCAAUACAUGUUUUCCCUGUGAUCAUUAACUGGAUUCAGUUUGUCUUGGAUCAGUACUGAGUAGUUCUUCAUCUUAAAUUGACAGGGUUCCCAUGUUACUGAAAAAUUGGGAAUACUCCUUCAUUCAUUUAACUACAUUUCAAGGCAUGGACAGUCUGUGAAUUUUAAAGGGGAACAUAAAACUGGGGAAAAUCCAGGAAUUUUCCACAGGACAGUGACAUGGGAGUGAGUUUUCUGGUGUAUGUGGAAGGUUCCAUUUUCCUGUGUCUCAGAUGAGAUGUGAUUUCUCUAAAUUGUCUAAAUCAGUUGAGAUAUUCAGAGGUGCGGGCUUUUCUUCUAAAUUUUAAACUUGCAACCCUUGUUCAUCCUCAAUAGCUGACGCUUUACAGCAAGAAACAUAACUCAAUCCUGCAUUUUGCAAGAAUUAUGGCCCCUUUUGGACUUGGAAAAUCAGAUUUCUUGGUUAAGUUUUGUGUUUAGGUCAGCUUUUCUCCUAAACUAUCAAAGCUAUUGCUUCAAAACUUGCAACACUUGUUCUUCAUCAAAAGCUGACUCUGUACAGCAAGAAACAUAACCCCAUCCUGCUUUUUGCAAGAACUAUGGCCCCUUUUGGACUUAGAAAAUCAUGGGUAGGACAAUAUUUCUAUUAUACAGAGGCAAAAAAAUCAGAUGUGUCUGCACCCGCAAGGCAGUGCUCUUGUUUGGUUAAAGUUUUUCACUGUCAAAGCUCUGUUUCAGAGUCAAGCUCUGAGAAAAGUCGAGCACACUGUCAUUAGACAGUUGUUGUUUUAUUUUCAGCUCAGAAGAAGGCUUAACUUGCUAAUUUCAGAGAGUUACAGAGGCCUCCAAAAUGCAUUGAAAUAUAUGAGAAACUUGAACAUUCAAUUGGGAACCACAUUAUGAACACACAUAAACAUCUAAAGAUGGUGCUUGCUUUUGUUGGAGAAGCCUCCCCUAUCACAGUACAGUUAAGUUUUGGUCUUUGAAUUCUGAAAAAUAUCCUUGAAAAGUCCUUGAAUUUUUUACUCUGAAAAACAUGGGAGCCCUAUGUGGGGAAGUUGUCAGUUUCUUUUGAGAGAACAAAUUGAUAUUGGUAAAGAAUGCAGGUAUACUGGUUAGAUGAACAAUGUGCUGAAUGAAAUACUGUUGAAAUAAUAGGGUUAACAAGAACAGAACAAACAAAACAGAUUUUAGACAAGAUAUUUACUGUAGAUUGAAGGUGAUUUUUUGUUUGUUUAAUUUGUGUGCAAGUUUUAUUUAUAUAAAUGAAUCUGCUGGUGAUUGUAUGAGAUGUAAAGAUGUUUUCAAGGUGAUACUGAACUUUCUGCAGCAGUGAAAAUUGCAGCUAGAUAAAAAUUGGCAGCAAAUUGUACCAGGCAGCUGAAGAUGUUGUGCACCAAGUGUCCUUUUAUGGUUUAGUUGGAAUCAUAUUUGAUAUGUAUAGAAGAUUGUAUAGAAGUAUGACAUUGAAUAAUGAAAUGAAAAUGGCAUAAAAAAAGAGUUAUUACAUGACUUUGUUGUUGCAAGUUUUUGAAGCUAUUUGUUUGGUAUUGAACAUCGUCGUUUUUUUAUCUUUUUAAUGUUACAUUUAGGUUACAUAAGCCAACGAAUAAGUGUGAGCUAUUUGUAUAACUGUCUAUUGUUCAUAGAUUUUCAUGCAAUUUUAGUUUGAAUAACUUAACAUUUCCAUCAUACAGUUUCAGCAAUACCACUUCUUAUUCUAAGGGGGUGAUGACUGAAAAUUUACUGACUGAAUAACGAACAGUGCAGACCAUCAUCUGGCUGAUCUUGGUCUGCACCGGUUGCAAAGGCAGAAUCACUGAAGGCUAAAGGCUAAAAUAUUUUUGAUGUUUUAUUUAACUAUAUUUUGUUUUGAGACACUUUGUUGAACAUAAAUUUACUCCAAACUAGACAGGGUUAUGUAUAAAAAUAUGAUUAAAAACAGGAUAAUUUGGUAUGCAAAUUUUGAUUCCAUACCUCAUGUUUUUAUUUCGAUGUAAAUGAGAUGUGAAACCAAAAUUUGUAGUCCUGUUUGGCACCAUAUAAUCUAUACUGUGUUGGUGCGCCGUAAAACCCAACUAAAUAAAUAAAUUGCCUUUUAAAGACAGAUUUAUAUGAUCAGUUUUCUUAUACUUCAAACCAGUAAAAUAGUUUAACUGUAAACAUUAAAAUAAAUUGAUAUUGCAAUCUGUCUUCAAGCUUGAAACUUUCAAAGCACUAGUUACAAUAUACCCUUGAUCAUAACACAACAUAGAAUUCUUACUUUUUUAUUAAAUUUUAGUGAAACGUUUAUAUUUAUUUAUUGUAUCAUGUUUUGUUUUGUUAUUUGCAUUAUUCAUUGUUGUUAGGCUUACUUGCAGCUUCCAGUCAUUGUUGUAACAUGCUACAAUAGUCUGCAAAUAUUUUAUGCAUCAUUUACAGUAUAACUAGUCACUUACAUUGUGUUCAAAUCGAUUGUUAAUAUAUAUUAGCAGAGGCUGCAGAAAAUAACAUUUACAUUUAGUAAGAUGAUGCAUCCAGCCUUGCCUUUUAGCUCACCUGAGCACAAAGUGUUUACUCACUGUCUGCAUCUAUCUGUCCGUCCACACUUUUCUUUAUACGACAUCUCCUCUGAAACUGUGAGGUGGAAGUUGACAAAACUUGGCCUGGAUGUUCUUUGAACUGUCAUCUUUUGAAUUUAUUCAAACCAUUUUGCUUAUUUGCAAAUAGGGGCCAUCAGAGCUACAAAUAAAAAAUUCUCCAAACAACACCCUCUGAACCGAAAUCUGUCUGUUGAAGUCUGUUUGUCUGUCUGUUAGUGUAUUUUCAUCUGUCAUUUUCUGUGUAUUUACCAUUGCCUGUCUGUCAUUGUCCAUCUAUCUUAGUUUCCUUAUUUAUCUCUCAUUUUCUGUCACUGUCAUUUUCUGUCCAUCUAUCACAUCCUGUCCAUCUAUCAUUGCCUGUCCAUCUAUCAUUCCCAGUCCAUCUUAUUAAUUAUAAUGGUUCUGGAGCUAAAAAAACAAAUACAUUUAUACAGCUGCUUCCCAUUGACCAGUUGAUGGAUCUUCACCAAACUUGGUCUGUAGCAUCCUUAUAUGGACCAUUCUCAUCAUGAGUGUUCAAAUGGUUUGGCUUGAUCACAUUUAAAUUUCUUAUGAAUCAUUUGAAAAAUUUUCUACAAACAUGGUCUGUAGUGUUUUUGUAUAGAAAUCUUUCAAGUUUAUUUAAACCAUUCAGCUUGAUCCUUUCAAGGGGGGACCAGAGUUGAAAAUAGAAAAAUAACAUUUAAAUGAGUUCUUCUGAUAAACCACUUUCAAAUUGAAUCUUCCCCAGACUUGGUCUAUAGCAUUAUUCUAGGAACCUUUCUUAAAUUUGUUCACCAAUUCUAAAUAUAGAAAAACUUUUAAGGACUUCUUCUCUCGAAUCACUUGAUGGAUGUUUUUCAAGAAUUUAAUCUGUUUCAAAUUUUUUAAAUCUGGGGUGAAAACUAUGUCAAAAAAGUCAGGUCAUAGAAACACACAAGACCACUAGGUCAGGUCAUCAAGAAAUCUUAGCAGUUAGAUUCUUGAACCACUGAAGUAGGUAGCAUCCUUGCAUGGAGGUAUCUAGGAUCUGUUGAAAUGUUCUUCACCAAACAUAUCCUGUAGCAUUCUAGGUUAAGGUAAAGUGAGGAUUCAGGGCUUAUUGACUGUCUAGUUUCAUACAUCAUAAGCAUGAUUCUAUUAAAUUAAAUGUCACUGAAAUCCAGAGAGACCCAGUUUCCUGUUUAGCUCACCUGAGCAAAAAGGGCUAAGGCUGAGCUGUUGUGAUCACUCCCCAUCCGUCUAUCCAUCGUCUGCUAACACUUUCCUUCAUUUGGUGGAAGUUAACGAAACUUGGCCUAUAUUUCCCUUGGAUGGUACUCUAUAAAAAGUUGUUCACAGGAUUCCAUACAAUACAGAAUUCUGGUUGACAAAAACUCUUCUCCAAACCUGCUCCAAAGGUAAAAGAAACAGUUCUGACACUUGUUUUACAUAGACUUGUAUAAGAAUACUAAAAAUCUUGUCUAAAACCUGAAGGCCUAAAGCAUAGAUAUUUGGCAUGUAGGAUUGUUUAGUGGUCAACCAAAUCAUGCCUCAAGGGUCAGAUUGUCCCUGCUUGGGGUCAAUCGUUUAUAUCAGAUAUAAUUAAAAAAUCUUGUCUAAAAGCUUAGAUAUUUGGCUUGUAGCAUUAUGUGGAGGUCCUCUACAAAAAAAGGCAUUUACCCAUUUGAGUCAGGUGUGUGAUUUAUGUGUAUAAUGGCGCUCUUGUUUUAUUUUUAGGUAAAUAGACAUUUUUCUUUGACCUGUUUUCAAAUGUAUCAGCCUGUUAAGAUCUGCUUUUAAAAAAUACCUACUACUACUAUUAUCUACUUAUAUUUCUUGCAUAAUGUCAUGUUAUAUUUGCAAGAUUAUUAAAGGUCAUGUAAAGUUA